AACCCGGCUAUAGAGGGGGAGCCCAUCCUCCACUGGCCAGCCUGGUGUAAGUAGUAGACAGUAAACAAAAUGGGUUGAACAGGUUACAGCUGAGGUGAAAGCUAACAGGAAUAGUAGAAGACCAAAUGGUAUAGUUAGAAUAGUGCAGUUUAGAGGAGCCAGAUGAUGGAUCUGGAGCUCCAGACAGCAUCAAGGCAUGGGCAUGCUAAGCUACCUAGUGUGUCAACUCCAUAGGGCCAGUUUGACACUUGAGGCUGAGCUAACUGGUGUGUCUGCUUCGUUGAUGCGUGCUUGACACUUAAUGCUAAGUUACCCAGUGUCAACUCCAUAGGGCCAGCUUGACACUUAAAUGAAUUCUGUGAAAACCACUCUCAGACCUCUAUAUAAUUUGUAAGCAAACAUUGAAAGUUUUAGACAAGCAAACAUCAAAUUAUCAUUACUGUAAUAUAAUCAAAAAGGACAACCUCCUAACUUUUGAUUACUUUGUGAACCAUGCCUAUCUCCGAAAUAUUUUUUUUAAAUGAAAUAAAAUUAAUUUAAAAACAUAUAAUGCUAUCAAAAUACUAUUACAAAUGAAAAUACCUUAACCAUGAGAUUAUUGAAAUAGGCAAAACUUAUUUUAAAUCCCUUCCUGUAAUAUUUUUUUUCAAUAUCAGCCUGUAGUCGGGUAGUAGCGCGCGCAAACAUCCACGAUUAGUAGGCCUAACUGUUCCAAGCUAAACUGUGAUGCCAAGAUAUUAAGCGGAGGUAGCUAAAAUGAUGAAUGGUUCAAAAGCACUGCAAUCGUGGCUCCAAAUGGGAACUAUUAGGAAAAGGAGUGCGGAUCAGGAGGAGAAUAUUUCGAGCAGCCCUGUAGAAACUGAAGUGGACGACAGUGAACCAAGCACAAGUGCUAGUGGCUACUUCAGCAGCGCCAGUGAAGUCUCCACAGCACCUGCUAGUAGCAAACGGCACAAAACAGUAAGGAAAUAUGACUCUAGUUAUGUCAAAUUUGGAUUCAGCUGGAGUGGGAUGGAGGAAGAGCCCAGGCCGCAGUGUGUGGUACGUGGUGAUGUUCUUACCACUGAAUGCAUGAAACCAUCGCAUCUCAAACGGCAUCUUACAACCAAACACGCAAUGCUGAAAGACAAACCAGUUGAUUUUUUUCUAAGAAAACGUGACAAACUGAAGCAGUCCAAGUCCAUGAUUCAAUCCUGUGUUUCACCCGUAGCCAAAGCACAGGAAGCUUCAUAUCGUGCCAGCCUACGCAUAGCGAAAACCGGUAAGCCACACACAAUUGGCGAACAACUGUGUGUACCAUUAGCCAAAGAGAUGACACGCAUCAUUUGUGGGGAGAAGGAUGCCAAACUUGGUGUCACUUUCAAACGACACUGUGCCACUGAUUGAGCACAUUAAAAGUAGUGGCUAUUAUUCCAUCCAGCUAGACAAGACUACUGAUGUUGCAGAUUUUGCCAGUUUGCUUGUUUAUGUCAGAUAUGAAUAUGAUGGUGCAGCUCCGGAGGACUUUCUGUUCUGUCAAUCACUGCAGACCAGAACUACAGCCGAGCACAUAUUUCAGCUCCUGAACGCGUUUGUCCAAGAGAAUGGGCUCGAUUGGAAAAAGUGUGUUGGAGUCUGCACGGACGGCGCCAGGGCUAUGACAGGUCGCCACAGCGGAGUAGCAGCUCAAAUUCGUGAGUUGGCACUCGAGAUGCAAUGGACUCAAUGCAGCAUCCAUCCCGAGGCCCUGGCGGUGAAGAAGGUGCCCGAAGAAUUGAAGUAUGUGCUGGACUCGGCUGUGAAUGCUGUGAACUUCAUUAAGGCCCAACCGAUGCAUUCUCGCCUAUUCCAUGUGCUCUGCGAUGAGAUGGGCAGCGGGCAUGUCCAACUCUUGCUUCAUACGGAAGUAAGGUGGCUAUCAAGAGGGAAGGUGCUUUUGAGGCUUUUCGAAUUGCACAGAGAGGUCCAGAUGUUCUUAAAGGACAAAAUCUUCCCCUUAUCAGAUGUUUUCAAAGAUACUGUGUGGCUCAGUCAACUGGCAUACUUGUCGGACAUUUUCUCUCAUUUAAAUGAACUUAAUAUGGGACAACAGGGACUCUACAUCAAUGUUUUUGAUGUGCAGGACAAAAUCAACGCAAUGCUGAAAAAGUAUGAAAAAGAAAUCAAAGUCAAGGCAGGUGAUGUUUCAGCUUUUCCCGCUUUGGAAAGUUUUCUGUCUGACAACGACCUCACCCUUGAUGAUGGAGUCAGGGAUAACAUCGUUGCGCAUCUCGUCUCGCUCAGACAACAGUUCCGCGAAUAUUUCCCAGCGACGGCCAAAGCGAACAACUGGAUGAGAUCGAAAGCUCUGAAAUGCCCAAGGACUUCACUGUUGGUGAGCAAGAGAGUUUAAUAGAAUUGUCUUGAGACAAAACAUUGAAGUCUGCUUUCAGAAUUCAGUCUUUGUUGGACUUUUGGAUACAGCAACACAGCAAAUACCCUGCGCAUUCGGACAAGGCCGUGCGCUUUCUCCUUCCUUUUGUGACCACAUAUCUGUGCGAGAAAGGCUUCUCUUCACUUGCCUUCAUAAAAACGAAAUACAGAAGCAGAAUGGAUGCUGAGCCAAACCGGAAGUACAGUUGUUAUUCUUAAUGUUCUCACUUGCUCUGUGUGUGUGUGUGUGUGUGUGUGUGUGUUUGAAUUAAAUACUGUUGUUAUU